GAACUAAAGUAUUCCCACUAUCCCACCUUCGCCAGAAAAGAUAGUCGUCUCUCUCGAUCUUCGUGUUCUGCAGCCAUGGAUCGAGUACAGCUUCUUAUGGUAGGCUUACCGCUCUUCCUCUUGUGCUCCGAUCUCUUGCACCUUUUCACUCCACCACCACCGCCCAAGCCCAAACCCCACCACCACCACCACCAUCAUCAUCAGCAUCACGACCACCCAGCACCAGCCGCUCGUGAAACCCUUGAAAUUCCUGUGCAGAAACCGGUAGCUGGGGGCAUCGGUCUCGGCAGCACAGUCAAUAUUAACUUUUGCACUUCUUGCUCUUACAGGGGGACUGCAGUGACAAUUAAGAAGAUGCUAGAGACUGCUUUUCCUGGCAUUGAUGUUGUUCUUGGGAAUUAUCCGCCAUCGCUGCCUAAGCGAUUGCUCUCCAAAGUGGUACCAGUUGUUCAGUUUGGGGUUAUUGGAAUGAUAACAGCUGGUGAGCAUAUUUUUCCAAUGCUGGGAAUGGCGCCUCCUCCUUGGUACUACAAUUUACGUGCUAAUAAGUUCGGGACCAUUGCCUCUACCUGGCUUCUGGGGAAUGCAUUGCAGUCCUUCCUGCAAAGCUCUGGGGCUUUUGAAGUUUAUUUGGAUAAUGAAUUGGUUUUCUCCAAGCUGAAGGAGGGCAGGUUUCCAGGUGAGAUUGAAUUAAAAGAUCUCAUUGAGAAGAGGUUGACAAGUCAAAGAAUUGUGGAUGGCAUUGGACAAGUGUGGUCAUAGCCAAGAUGCUGGAUGCUGAAGUGGCACAAGAUGGGUCUCACUGCAACUCAUCUGAAGCUGAAUUAUUGUAUAACUGGCAUUCAUAGAAUGUCAUUUAAGUAGGGAUUGACUCUUGUUUUUGAAAUUUGAACUUUAAUAGAACGAUGUUUACUCAUGAAACAUUAUUGUAAUGCUGAAUGUGAGGACAAUUCCCAUUAAGGUUUGACAUGUAUUAGAGCAACUCCAAGGGGAGUGCUAAAU